GUCCUCUCGCUCGCCUGCCAUGUGUACCGGGAAGUGCGCGCGCUUCAUUGGGGUGGUGCUCUACCCGCUGGCCCUCAUCUCCAUCAUCUGCAACAUCAUGCUCUUCUUCCCGGACUGGGAAACCAAGUACGCGAAGGAGGAGCGGGAAGGAGCGGGGCCCCGGAUCACGGAGCAGGCCAAGUACAUGUCGGGGGUCAUCGGAGGGGGUGUCAUGGUGCUCAUCCCUGCCAUCCACAUCCAUCUCACGGGAAAGCAGGGCUGCUGCGGAAACCGCUGCGGGAUGUUCCUGUCCAUCGCGUUCGCUGCGGUCGGGGUCGUGGGCGCUCUCUAUAGCUUCAGCGUGUCCGUCGUCGGUCUGGUCAACGGCCCCACGUGCAUGUACGAGAGGCUGCCCCUUCCGUUGUGGGGAACGCCUUUCACGAACCUCUCUGAGAGCUACCUGAAGAACCCGGAAAUCUGGGAUUUGUGCCUGGAGCCCAAGAACGUGGUGGAGUUCAACGUAGGUCUCUUCUCCACUCUGCUGGUGGCCGCCAGCCUGGAGCUCAUUCUCUGCGCCUUCCAGAUGGUCAACGGGCUCUUUGGCUGCAUCUGUGGGACGUGCAACAAUGGGAAGUGACGUUAACGGGAGGACACGAUGCACGCUUGACCCAGUGGUGCCCUCUUGUCUACAUGGACAGUAUUACACAGUGGCGUGUGAAGUGACACCUUUGAGAUUCUCUGGACCGCUGUGCGCGGAAAUGUUUUCAUUGAUUCACAAUGUUCUCAGUUAAUAAAAAAACAUGUGUACAGUGUGUAUUUUAAAGGAUAAGGUGUUUGUAUAAGUUCUCAAAUUGCUGGAACAUGUUUAUUAAAUGUGAAGUGGUGUAUAUCCACACACUUGUGUAUGCAUAAUGUACAGGAUCCGACCUCGUGGCCUCUUCCUGCUCUGUGCUCGGUCCUCUAUGUGACGGAACCCAGCAGAAAGUGUCUGUUUGCGGCGACUAUCUUGCUUUUCUACACUUGACAUUUCUAGAAAUGUUGUGUUUUAAACCUUGAUCUGAGAGCAGGAUAGAAAUUCCUGUUCUCUUCCCGUGGAGGAAUAACGUCCAUUACAUUUCAGGCAUAACGGCAAAAUAAACACAUUUCAAUUGUCUGUCCGGGUUCGUGCAGCUCAGUC